AUGGGGACACGACGAGGACAUGACGAGGACAGCAGUCCCAGAGAGCCCACAGCAGUCCCAGAGAGCCCACAGAGUCACAGAGAGCCCACAGACAGUGCAGUCCAGAGAGCCCACAGCAGUCACAGAGAGCCCACAGACCCCACAGCAGUCCCAGAGAGCCCACAGCAGUCCCAGAGAGCCCACAGCAGUCACAGAGAGCCCACAGACCUCACAGCAGUCCCAGAGAGCCCAAAGCAGUCCCAGAGAGCCCACAGCAGUCACAGAGAGCCCACAGACCCCACAGCAGUCCCAGAGAGCCCACAGCAGUCACAGAGAGCCCACAGACCCCACAGCAGUCCCAGAGAGCCCACAGCAGUCACAGAGAGCCCACAGACCCACAGCAGUCCCAGAGACCCAAAGCAGUCCAGAGAGCCCCAGCAGUCCAGAGAGCCACAGACCCCCACAGCAGUCACAGAGAGCCCACAGCAGUCCCAGAGAGCCCACAGCAGUCCCAGAGAGCCCACAGACCCCACAGCAGUCCAGAGAGCCCACAGACCCACAGCAGUCCCAGAGAGUCCACAGACCCACAGCAGUCCAGAGCCCACAGCAGUCCCCACAGCAGUCCCAGAGAGCCCACAGACCCCACAGCAGUCCCAGAGAGCCCACAGCAGUCCCAGAGAGCCCACAGCAGUCCCAGAGAGCCCACAGACCUCACAGACCCCACUGACCCCACAAACCCCACAAACCUUACAGACCCCGCAGCAGUCCCGCAGACCUCCACAGACCUCCACAGACCCCCACAGACCCCACAGACCCCUGAGGACUUGUGUUUAUCCGACGGGGCCGGGCCUGUAA